GAUGGAGAAAUAGUUUGUCUAAGAAAAGGUGUGUUUGUUGAUGUUUUUGAUGAAGUCUGUGUGAGUGAACAGUCUGAUUUUGGUGAUUGAUUUGUGUAUGCCAGAUUUUGAAAUGUGUGUAACUGUGUACCAUGGACUUGUACAGCACAUUGGCAGUGUGUGUUCACCUCUCCAACUUUCAGUAGUAUGCUCAAAGUAUUUUCUUUAUUAAAAUGAUUUGACACUUUUUGCUCUUUUAAUAGAUUUGUCAUCAAGUAAGAAUGCUUUUGGAGUUUAUAAUUUACAUUUUGUUUAUAUAAAGUAUAUAGAUUAUGUAAGCUAAAAAGUUUUGUCUCUUUUUUAGCAGGGGCUGUCAAAAUUAGCAAAACAAGCAAGAGGGAAUUUUCUAGAAGCAGAUAAAAUUUUGAUGCUGCAUUUUAAAAGAAAAGAUGUACAAGACAAUGCUCUGCAAGAUGACAAAGAAAUGGCAAAUAGCAAAACCUAACAUAUUUCAUUAGCUUACAGAAAUGGGAUUUUUAAAAAUGUGAUUUUUCCUGAUUUAUGUCUUCACUAAGAAAGUUAUUUUUUUGUACUGCAUUCUCUUGUAGCAUGUUUAACUCACUGCAUGAUGGAAUAUUAGUGAUACAUAGUGCAAAUUCUGACAUGUGUGAAAUAGGUAAGAACUAGUGUGAACUAGAAAAUAUGCAGAAUCAAUACUAUUCAGUUGUCAUGACUUCCUUUCUGAUCAUUCUUAUGCUGCAAGAAUUUGUCCCUAUAGAUUAUUAUGUGAAAAUAUUUUUGAGUCAUUCUCUGUAGUAAUAAAAUAACAGCAAGGCAUCAGAGACACCCAGUGUAAGUAUGAUCAGAAGAGAAUAAUGGGAUUUAUUUACUUGAAAGAAAAAAAACUUUUUUUCAGGUCAGGAUAUUUUUGAAGAAAAAAGUCAUUGGAAAAUACUUAUUUUUCACAGCAGUGGAGGUUUAUCAUUCUUGCCAAAGUGUUCACUAGUUAAGAUUUUGAUGUCCAGAGCCAGUCUUUGAGAUGAAAAAUUUGGGCUCAUUUCCUGGAGGCUUGGCCAAUGGAGACGACAGUUAAUUUAAGAGCUGUGCAACUGCUCCUGUGUGUAGACAAGAUGAGAACAAAAGCUCAUCUCAUGUUCAUGCUGGGGCUAACUGAAAUUACUGGCUUGUAAGAGAGAAAAAUGUAUUCUUCAGAGUGGCGAAAAGCAUGGCCAUUAAGACUUCCAUUUGGGAUCUGGGAAACUUCAGCAACUCCCUGGUUUUAAUCAGCUGCAUUUUUUAUUCAGACCAGGAAGUUAAAUUAGGUCCUCUCACGACCUACAUAACUUCCUCAAGCAAGAGUGAUUCCUUUCUGUGGGGUGGCUCUGGAAGGCAUCAAGGAGAUGAAAUGAGCGAGGCUCUGGUGAAUACUUCAUCCCUUGCACUUAGGGUCUGCUCUCUAAGGAGAGACUGAGAGGAGUGCCCUGCAGCAGGUCUGUGCUGCUCAGUUUGGCAUAUUGGCCUGCCAAGAAAUUUAUUCAGAUCUCCCAAGCCCAGUACCCUCAAGAUCAGACUACAGAAUAGUAGGACACAGCUCACUUGUGUGCUCUUAUCUCGCUCUUGUUCAAAGCACAUUGCAUUUUCUGUUGUGGGAAAAGGAGAUAAUAAAAACAAGUAGUUUUGUGACAUGGGAAAGAGCUUUCUUCCCAUCUCUACUUUUAAGUUGAUCAAGGGAGUUUCUGUCCUAAUGGAAGAUCUUGUUCCAUGAUUUAUGAUACGAUCUGGCUCCUGAACCAAAGAUACUUACCUACCUUUUCAGAUCCAGAAAUAGCUUUUUAAAAUGGGAAAAGUGGUUUUAUUUCAGGAUUUUCCCCUUGGUUAUUGCCUGUAUGACUACUUUCUCUUCAUUUCUAAACAUGCUAUUCUUAACAAUAUAGAUUUGAUCUAUCCAGUCGUGACAGUAGAGAGUUGUUUUCUUUGUGUAUGUAGCUGACAGAGAUUCCAAGUCGGGGACCCUAUUAGAAAUAAUUAGUCUUGAAGGGUAAAAUGGAAUUUUGAAAUGUGCAUGAUAAAAGAAGUUGCAUUUAAUUUCUGUUUACACUGAAAUAAUUAAUUUAUAGCAUUGUAUCCUAGAAAGAUAAUUCUGCAUAGGCCACAACUUCAAUUUAAUUGGAAAGCUCCUGUAUUAUAGCAAUGCCUUCCACACAGAGUAGUUUCUGUAUUUGUCAGAUAAGCAGUAUACAUCAUGGACUAAGGAUCUAAUUAAGAUUUCAAGACACUGAAAGGUAAGCACUUUAAUAAUUCUAAAAUAAUUUAAAUUUUCAUAUACAGAAAAAUGGAAGAAUGCUAAUAUAUCUAUUUAAUUUCCAGUUUAGUUUUGGUUUCACCUUGAAGUACUAGAAUCUUCUCAAAGAGCCUAUUUGAACCAAAAUUGUAACUACUUCAUUGAAGGGGCUUUCUGUUACAAACCAGAGAACAUUUCUGAGCCUUGAAUGGUGAAUUUUUGAAGAGGUGGCUGAGAUGCAAAGGAUGAAGCAUUCCUGGACUCCAAAAGCAGUCAGCAUAUAUCACAGAAGUAAACACUGACACUGCACCCAUGAACAUCAGGAUAUCUUUCAGUUCCAUUGCAGCUGGAGUCAGUGACUUCAUACUGAAAAAGGAUCUCAGGGAGGAUGAAAAUGAGGACUGGAAAGAAGAAGAAGAAGAGAUCUUCCUCAAGCCUGUUAUUGAGGACAGAAAUAUGGAACUGGCCCGAAAAUGCAGUGAAUUAAUAAGUGAUGUACACUAUAAAGAAGAGUUUAAAAAAUCUAAAGGCAAGUGCAUAUUUGUACCUGACACCCCGCAGCUAAAACAUGUGAAAAGCCUUGGUGCUUUUAUUUCUGAGGUGAAAUAUAAAGGAGCUGCUAAGAAAGACCUUUCCAACUCUCUCUAUCAGCAGAUGCCAGCCACAAUUGACAGUGUAUUUGCCAAAGAAUUAAUGCACCUUCAGAGCAAGGUUCUCUAUAAACAAAAACAUGAUGCUGAGAAAGGAUUUUCAGACUAUGCACGUAUGAGGGAACCUCCAGAUGUUAAACAUGCCAUGGAAGUCAGUAAACACCAGAGUGAUGUAUCCUAUAAGAAGGAUGUGCAAGAUACUCAUAGGUACACUGAAGUGCUGAACAGACCAGACAUAAAAAAGGCAACUGAGAUAACAAAGAUAAUAAGUGAUGUGAAGUACAAGAAAGGAAGGGGAGAGCUAAAUAAGGAGUCUGCUGUGCUUGGAAGACCUGAUUUUGAACAUGCUAAAGGAGUUUCAAAACUUUUAAGCCAAGUGAAAUACAAAGAGAAGUUCAGUAAGGAAAUGAAGAGUCACCAGUACAAUCCUCUUGACAGCGCUUCCUUCAAGCAAGCACAGAUUGCAUCCACCUUGGCAAGUGAUGUGAACUACAAGAAGGAUUUGGAAAGCCUGCAUGAUCCAGCAUCUGAUCUACCAAACCUGCUGCAUUUAAACCAUGCUUUAAAUAUCAGCAAAACACAGAGUGAUGUCAAGUACAAAGAAAAUUAUGAAAAAUCUAAAGGCAGAUCAAUGCUGGAGUUUGUGGAUACACCAAUGUAUCAAGUUUCAAAGGAGGCUCAAAAGAUGCAAAGUGAGAAAACGUACCGCAGAGAUUUUGAAGAAGGGAUCAAGGGAAGACCUUCACUGGAUUUAGACAAGACCCCAGAGUUCUUGCAUAUAAAACAAGUCACUAAUCUUCUGAAAGAGAAAGAGUAUCGAAAAGAUUUGGAAGAAGGGAUGAAAGGAAAAGGAAUGACAGUGUUUGAAGAUACACCAGAUUUGAUUAGAGUGAAAAAUGCAGCUCAGAUACUAAAUGAGAGGCAAUACAAGAAAGACUUGGAAACUGAAAUUAAAGGGAAAGGCAUGGAAGUUGGUCCAGAUACACCUGAGAUAAGACGAGCCAAGAAAGCUUCUGAAAUUGCAAGCAUGAAAGAAUACAAGAAAGACUUGGAGAAUGAAAUUAAAGGAAAGGGAAUGGAAGUGGGUACGGAUACCCUUGAUAUACAACGAGCCAAAAAAGCUUCUGAAAUUGUCAGCCAGAAAAUGUACAAAGAUGAAGCAGAGAAGAUGCUCUGUAACUAUUCUGCUGUCCCAGACACUCCUGAGAUGGAGAGGAUAAGAAGUACUCAGAAAAACAUCAGUUCAGUGUUUUAUAAGAAGGAAGUAGGAGCUGGCACAGCUGUAAAAGAUACUCCAGAGAUUGAAAGAGUAAAGAAAAAUCAACAGAAUAUUAGUUCGAUUAAAUACAAGGAAGAAAUUCGGCGUGCAACAACUAUUUCUGAUCCACCUGAACUAAGGAGAGUUAAGGAAAACCAGAAGAAUAUUAGCAAUGUUCAGUACAAAGAACAGCUCUGUAAAGCAACACCUGUGAGUGUCACCCCUGAGAUGGAAAGAGUCAAGAGGAAUCAAGAGAAUGUCAGCAUGGUUCACUACAGAGAGCAGCCUGGCAAAGCUACUGCUGUGAGUGUCACUCCUGAGAUAGAGAGAGUCAGGAAGAAUCAAGAUAAUAUCAGCUCGGUCAAGUACAGCAGUGAUCAGAGGCAGAUGAAAGGUAGACGUAGUGUGCUUCUAGACACACCUGAGCUAAGGCAUGUCAAAGAAACACAAAACAACAUCUCAAUGGUAAAAUAUCAUGAAGAUUUUGAGAAGACAAAGGGUAGAGGCUUCACCCCAGUGGUAGAUGAUCCUAUAACAGAGCGUGUACGAAAAAACACCCAAAUUGUGAGUGAUGCAGCAUACAAAGGUGUGCAUCCACAUAUCGUUGAAAUGGAUAGAAGACCUGGAAUAAUUGUUGAUCUUAAAGUUUGGCGCACAGAUCCUGGCUCCAUCUUCGACAUUGAUCCUCUGGAGGACAAUAUUCAGUCUAGGAGUCUGCAUAUGCUUUCUGAAAGAGCAAGCCGUUACAGUAAGCAGUAUUUACAUUCUACCAGUCUGGGAGAUUAUAAGUCAGAUGGCUCUGACACGAACCCUACCUUUUCUUACUGCAGUGAGAUAACAAGGCCAUCUGAUGAAGGAGCCCCUGUUCUUCCUGGGGCAUAUCAACAAAGCCAGACUCAAGGAUAUGGAUACAUGCACCAGACCAGUAUGUCAUCCAUGAGGUCCAUGCAUUCACAGCCUCAUUCAGCAAGUCUGAGAACAUACAGAGCAAUGUAUGACUACAGCGCUCAAGAUGAAGAUGAAGUUUCCUUCAGGGAUGGCGAUUAUAUCAUCAAUGUGCAACCAAUUGAUGAUGGCUGGAUGUAUGGUACUGUUCAGAGAACUGGGAAAACAGGAAUGCUUCCAGCAAAUUAUAUUGAGUUUGUUAACUAAUUUUUGUCUCUUGUCCUUGGAGCUUUAUUAUGAUUUACUUCAAAUCUAACCUUUUAGAAAAAAUCAGAAGAAUCUUUUAAGAGUUCAUGAUCAUUAUUUUAUCACUGCUAUAACAGUUUGCAUUUUCGCUCAGAAUCCAUUCUAGAGUCCUUUAAAGAGAAAAUAAAUAAUCCACAAGAAGCUCAGAUCUUUGAAAACAGCAUUGCUUAUAAUAGUGCUCUUUCAAAAUGAAAAACAUAUAUGGAAGCCUGGUGCUGCCAGUCCUAUAAAAACUUUGGUCAAUUAACUGUAAAGGGGUAAUGCCUUUUCCUUACACCUCAAAGACUAUAAAAUUGAUUCACUUCUUAUGGCACUCUGAAGUCACAGGAGGUUAACACACUGAGUUUAAACACAUCUUCAAAUUAUUAGGGAAAUAUUUAAUGUUUAAGCAGUUAGCUUCCUAAUAAAAAUUAAUAUGUUGAAUAGAUAAUUCAGUCGUUUGAAUAAAGAAAAGUAACAUGCCAGUAAAAAAAACACCAACCCAAUAAAACCCCCUACUACCCAGCAGCCUUACAGUAAAUGUCUAUUUUGACAGAAAAAAUUUACUGAUUCUUGCAUAUCCACAUUUAUUCUUGGAUUACCCAUUUUUUCUUAUUUCCAAGUGAUCUAUUAGCUUUGCUUCCAUCCUAAUCCAUCAAUUAGAUCGAGGUCUGGAUUCAUGAUUCUUCAGUAUCUUUUCCACAGAAGAUCCCUUGCAAAGACUUAUCUAAAAUAUAAAACCUGUCAGCUCUUCUGUUUCCUUGUAAUAAUACUUAACAUCUAAAUAGAAACUUCUAUUAGGGCAACGUACAACCGAUACUUCAUGUUAGCUCCUUUACCUUCACGUGUAGUGCUGUAAAUAAAGACCCCACGUGCGGCCCCGGUGCUGUGCAACCCCCCAGAGCCUGCAGUCACAUCCCGUUCUCACCACAGGUAACUCGCUUAAUGGCUGCUUUGCUGAUGAGCUGAUGUCCCUCCCCUGCUGCAGAAACACUUGUGCCUCCAUCGAGCAGUGGAGGAGAGCUCUGGUUCUUGUAGUGCAUUUCAGAUCAAUGGCCUGUUGCUUCAGUUUGCUCCCAAAUCCUUGGUGAUCCAACAGUGGGUUGUACGCUUGCCAAAUGAUUAAUGAUGGAGAAGAAUUAUGUUUCCUUUUAGUGACUUAAUCUUUCUCAUAACUGACAUUGAAGGGAAAGCUAACUAAGCAAAAUCCAACAUGCCCUAUGCCAUUAUGUUUCAGUUUAGCCAUCUGUGGAAAACAGUAAAAAUAUUCUGCUGACAAACCUUCACAUGUGCUGUUUGGUGUCUCUUAACUUACAGCCAGAGCUGAGAGAUCCAGGUCUCAGUCUGAAGCUGGGAGAGGAUCUAAUAGCUGGUGACGCAGUGGAUCAGUAUGAGGGAUUUUGUCAGCAGGCUUCAGUCACAGGCAACUUCUUUUUGCUUUGGCUGUAUUCCCUCACAGGGAGAACUUGUGGAAGGAAGGACAAAAGAGUUAAAGAUUCAUGUAAGAAAUUAUUUAUGUUGAUGCAGAAAUGUUUAAGGAAGAAAAUGUUUUUGUGAUAAAAUAAUUUGUGGAGUUCAGUCAUGUGCUAAGGAAGUUAACUUUGCAGUAGCCCUCAGAAUAUUGAGCCUUCACUGGCUUUCUUUCAUUCCUAAAAUUUGUGAAGUGGAAUUACAUAUAGAACUUUUAGACAGUUUUGUACUUCUCAUCUCACAUAGCAGGAAACCCUGAAAUAACUAUUUUAAAAUUAAAUAAGGAAGGCAGUAUGGAUUUGUUAUGUCAACUGAAAGUUGUCAGUGCAAAUCCCUGUAAGUUCUAUUUUUGCAUAUAGUUUUUGCAUACAAUUUCCAAAGCAUUGGUAAGCUUAUGCAAUUUUAUUUUGGGUCUUGCUAACACAGGGAUGAUACCAGGUGCCAAGCAGCAUGGAAUAUAACUGCAUUAAAAAAGAAAUUUAAAAAUGUCUGUGACUGUGGAAUUACCUGUGCUUUCUUGUUAGCAGCCUAAUUUAAAGGCUAAAGCUGCCCAGGAGUAUCCACCUUCAAAAAAAGUGUUUUAAGAGUAGAAUUCUGUGACUGUGAAUAUGCAAUUUGUAUAGUUGACUGCUGUGAUUUAAAAUUCUUGCGAGUUUUGCAUAAGGAGCUGCUCUUCCAGCAGACCCUUGUGCAUUACUGGUGACACCCACACAAAAUCAGCAAGUCAAAGGGUGUUUUUAAAGCUAAUGUGGUAUGCUGAGCCAGAAGCUCUAAAACAAGCAGUUUGCUUCUGUGUUGGUUUUCAUCACUGGCCAUCAACAGCGAGAAGAGGAAUUCCAUCUUCUGCUGGCUGGCAAAUUUUUCAGAUGAUGCCUGAGGCACAGCUGGCUGUCACUUGCUGCUGUGCUGCUCUAUUAGCUGUGCAAUGCUGACAACACUAAAAACAAGGUGUCAGUUUGCUAACCAAAUACAAAUAAAAAAGAAAUACAGAGAAUAUCUAUAUGGCAUCAAGUUGCAAUUUUUGGUGACUUAUAAAACAGAGAAUCUCCACCUAUAAAUACACAGUCAUUCUUCCUAAAUGAGGAGACAACUUACAAUGUUGAAUACUUUAUGUAUAGAAGUAAAUCAGAAAAUGAGCAUUUGGUGACAUUAGAGAUCUAUGUUAUACUGAAAUAAAAUUUCCUUUUGAAUUUUGAAUAUUCAUUAGCCUGGCAGAGCAGCUAAAGCAAUUUGCAAAAAAUAAAAGGUCAAGAAAACAAAACCGUAUGUGAAUUGUAUUUCUCUUGAGAAUGGUAUGUCAGCAGAAUUAUUAAGAUCUAGUUUAAGUUACUUAUUCUUGUAGUCAACGUCUUAUCAUAUAUGCUUAGAAAUUCAUAUUUAUAUGGAAUGGUUCCUGCUUUUUUGAUAUAAACCAAACUUUAGUGUGAUUUUGCAGCUUCGUUCUAAGCAAUGCAAUCAAAGGCCCAAAAUUAUCAGAAUGCAAUUAUAAUUUUUUUAAAAUAAGAACUAAAAUUGUUAAGGCAGGGAGAGUAAGUCAUGAACUAAAUUGUGCCAGCACACGUUUUUCAAAGCAUAUGUUGGAGACUGUUACAUACAGUGUGAUAUAGGGGUGAAAAGAUGCUACAUGCUGUCUUGUCACCUUUAAAGUUUAUAUUCAUUUUUAGCACAGCAUGAUCCCCUCACUGUUCUUUCUUCCUGUAGUCAACAUUUUUCUGGGGAAAGGUAAGGGCUUUCAAGGACUUGAAUUUCUUAAGCUGUUCCAAAGUUCAGGUUGGAAGUACACAUGUUCCCAUUUUAGAAAUAAAAAAUUCUAUGAAGAAUGCUGUAACUCUUGCUAACACAAGUAUAAAUGUAGAAAACAACAUAGAGCAUAUUCAUGCAUACAUACAAGAACAAAUGGGUGCCUUGUUUUACAUUACUCUUUCUUGCCUGGCUAUCUUCAUUUUUUAAACAAAGCUACGUACAGGUACUGCAGUUGUAAUUUUUCAUUAUGGAACAUUAGCAUUUAGUCUUGAUGAAACAGGGUUUUCUUGAUUACAUUUGACAUACAAUAAACUACUUCAGCAGACUGGGAUUUGACAGAGAAUCACCUCCCAUGGAUUAUUUUUUUGACAAAUGUUUCCCUGCCGAGUGUUUCUUGGGGAUGUGGAAGGUCUCCAGUACCUGGGAAAUGUAAUAAUUCUAGUUUUUAUUGUGCAGUGACUGCAUGUCAUCUUGUACGAUGAAAAAGAAAUGACAAAUACAGAGGUCUUUGGCAGAAGGUGGUACAGGGUAUAAAAAUAUAGAUUUUUAUUAAGUUAAUUAAUACUCCAUUUAAAAUAUAGAAUAUACUUUAGUUAGUAAAUGUUUAAAUAAUAUACUGAAACAGACAGAAGAUGCUGUUGAAAGGAGUCCUCCAAACUGAUGUGCUGGCAAAUGCAAAGUACUAGUGAGCUGUAGAAGAUUAAACCAUUUUGCAAUGCUUUAGUGAUUUUCUCCAGCUUUAUGCCAUAGGAACCCCAUCUCUCCUUUGGAAAGAAAACCUGAAAGCUCUAUUUCCUAAACUGCCUGCACUACAACAGUAUAUUCAAAGGAAUUUCAUAUGCUUCUUGUGUCUGAUAAAUAGAAUUUGCAUAUUGUACUUCAGUUGUAAUCCAGUUGUUGUUGACAUUUGUUUAAUUAUUAUUAUUUUAGGGGGGAAAAUAAGCUAUACUGUAGCAUUUCAAUUGUGUAUUUAAUAUUACUAUUAGAAAUUGCUAGACCAUUGGAAGACAGCAAUGACUGUAUUGACAUUGAUUAGCAUGAUGUGGAAAAUCUCUCAGCUGUUGGUUUUUGCAGUGUGAUAUAAAAAGCAAAAAUGAACCGCUGUGCAGUUUGGCUUAUGUUUGCUUUAAAGUGUGUAAAGUUUUAGUUAUUUUGCAAAACUGUACUGUAUUUGAGGGUAUACAGUUAUGAAGGUAACAAUUGUUUUUCAAAGGAAAGAUAAACUUACUCUUGGAUCAUAUGAUGUAUCAUCUUAAUUUGGCUUUUGUUAUGCAGAAAGUUAACACCAGCUAUUAAAAUAUAUUUUAGUAGAAAUGCUUUAAUUCCUGUUUCUUCCUCUACACUGUGAAUAUUUAAGCUUUGGUGGACUAGAGCAACAUCAUGCUGCCCAAAGUACUAACCUAUGCAACCUAGUUCACAUUUUAGUUGAUGUCACAGUGGAUGUAACAUAACAAUUUAUUUUGCAUAACAUUAAACUUCAUUCAAAUAAAAUAUUAAACCCAG